GCUGGGGGACGUGGUGGUGACCUACGUGAACACCAUGCGCAGCGGGGCGGUGCCCUGCCCCAAGAGCGCCUGCUGGCCCUGGCGCAGGUGGAGAACGCGGCGGCGGUGGAGGACACUGUGGCCCGGUACCAGGCGGUGCUGGGGCCGGAGGUGGCACUGCCCAGAGACGCUGGCGGAGCUGUUGGCGCUGCACCCUGCUGCGUUCAUGGCGCGCGCCUUCAAGGACGACACGCGCCAGUUCCAGGGGAAGCUCAUGGCAAGUCCCAUGGCCCCGGGGGCAUCGCUGCUCUGGCCCAGCCCCACUGCUGGGACAUGCCUUUCAUGCCCAUCCCGCACGUCCUUCUCCCCACAGCGCCGGCUGGAGCAGCAGAAGGAGGAGCUCUGCCAGUGUAACGAGCGGGCAUCCUUGCAGCGCUGCCAGGCCAUGCUCGCAGCGCUGCCAGGCCAUGCUCGCAGAGGUCUCACACGACCUGGAUGCCCACAUCUGCAAUGGGGCCUACGCUGUGUCCGGCGGCUACCAGCACUUCCUGGGCGACCCGGGGGAGAUGCUCGAGUGCUACCGGCAGGUGCCGGGCAAGGGGAUAAAGGCUGACAAGACCCUGGUGGACUUCCUCACCUCCAAGGAGCCAGCGGCCAAGGUCAUCUUGCGCGCUGACGAGGCCCUGGCAGAGAAGGAGAAGGAGGUGGAAGCCCAACGUGCCAGGGCGGAGGCCGCAGCACGGGAGCAGGAGCUGCUGUGGCAGGAGAAGGCCGAGCUGCAGCAGAAGCCGGAGGAGCAGAGGCGCAGCCAUGAGGAGCACGUGCAGCAGCUGAUGGACAACCUGGAAAAGGAGCGGGAGGCGCAGCUGGAGGAGCUGGACUGGACAGUGGUGCAGAAGCUGCAGGAACGAGGGCAGGAGGGUGGUCGCGCUGCGCCAUGCAAGGCCGAAUGGGGGCUGACACGCGUGUCCCCGCAGGAGCAGGAGGUGCUGCUGCAUGAGCGCUUCCAGGAGGAGUCGUCUGGCACGGAGGGAGAACUGCACCGGCUGCAGGAGGAGAGCCCUGCCAGGAGCCGGCCUUCUGGGGUCAGCACCGUGCUGGGCUGGCUGGGCGAGCUGUUGUCCCGCACGCUCGGGGGUGUCGUGGACUAGGGCGUGGGCUUGGGCACCCGGCUCCUCGAGUGGUUCUGAGGGCAGCAAGGAGCCGCACCACCUGGGGUGGGGGCUUCUCCGUUCCUGCUGCCACCGUGAGGGCCGGGGCUGGGAGGGGGCAGGAUGCUGCGCUAAAUGGGGCUGGCAGCCUGGACCCCAGGCUUGUACCCAGCUGCAGGAGGGGAGUCAGGAUCAGGACUGGGGGAUAAGUGCAGGGGAGGCGGGGAGCCCAGGCGAGGGUUUGCCCCAAGCCAGGUCUUAGCCCCCUGCUCUGUACCCAUGGCCGAGCACACGGCAGCCUUCCCCUGGCAGGUCAUCCUGGGGCGCGUGGGUGGUGGGUGCUGAGCUUUGGUGCCGGUUGUGAUAACAGCUCUACAAAUAAAGUGUUUUGUGAAUCCU